GUUUAGCGGCUCGUUUGUUCUAUACUCUUGAAUUUUCAAAAAUGGGUCUAUUUUCCUAUUGUUUUAAGAAAAAAAGGUUAACAUCCUCUUCAAUAUUGUCCCAUCAAAGAGGUUUAUGGGUACGUUCUUCUUUAACCCAAGAUUUAUCAGGAUCUCCAUUGCCAUCACCAAUUGAUAAGUUUCCAUUUGUAUUUAAGCAUGCGCCAAAGGCACCGGCUUAUUCUCGUUUUUUUCCUCCUUCAAAAGACUUAAAACCUCUGACAUAUGUUUUUGAUUCUUUACAGAGUAUUUUUGCAACAUAUUCUUCAUAUUCAUCAGCAGAAGUUCGGUUUGGUAAAGAUUACUGGCCAAAUGAGUUCAGUAUAGGAGCAACAUAUGCUAUUGGCAAGUUUUUCCAGCUUCUUAAGGAGCCUAGAUCAAGAUUGUCUGAAAUUAUGACAGAGGAUUUACUUGUACUUCUUGAUGAAUAUAUUAGAAAGGAUAAUGAUGAGCCUUUGAGGCUACAGCCGUAUAUACGGCUGAAACAAGUGUAUAAUUCAAAGAUUCGUGCAGUAUAUGUCAAUUUUGGGUGCAAAGAUACAUUUAAAUGUCUUUCAGAGCUUGAAAAAUCAAAUGUAAAAGAUCCAAGAUAUAUUAGAAUAAGAUGGAAGACGUUUAAUAUUGGAUUGAAACUAACAUCAUAUGAAAAAGAUGUUCCAUCAUCAUUUAGUGGUAUUAAAAAUCUAUCUAUAAGGGAAAUGAAGAAGGGAGUAUCAUAUGCAGUGGAUUUAGAGAUAGAUGGUGAGUUUGAGACGGGUUAUUUUGAUUUUUUAGAUGGAAAAAAUGAAAAUAUUCUGCCCAAAAUUGUAAAUAAGGAAAAACGCACAAUAGUUGUGACAUUUCAAAGUCAACAUUGUAAUCCUGCAUGUAAAUUGUCUGUAGAGGAUGUAUAUGAUGAUGAUGAACUUGUUAAAGAAGGGGUUGAAUGGAAAAUAUCAGAUAUAGACUAUGUAAUAUUUGAAAAAAGGCUAAGAGAUAUUGAAAAUUUUGAAAAAGGAUAAGACGCUUUCAUAUUUGUUGACUUGGUUAUGAAAUAUUUUUAUAU